CACAAAGAGCAGCGUGCAGUCUCAGCCUCCUCCACGCUGUGUGUGCGCAGCGCCUGCACAGAUCGCUCCAGUUUGGAACUUAAGCCUACAUUUGCAUGAACCUGCUCACCUAUACUGCUGUUUUCUUUGCCGUGAACGACCUUCAGCGUUUCGUUCUGGCUGUUUCCAGCACAUAAUCCGACCCCGAAAACCGUCGGGACUUGUGAAGAGAGAAACUGCGGGAGUGGUGUGGAAACUUUUGCCAUGAUGAGUACGCGAACGGUCAACCUUGAUACCUACAGCCUGUCACUACUCACGGCCAAAGAGGACAUUCUCAACCCACGGUCCUCCACUAACUGGGCAUUAUUCACAUAUGAUGGAGUCAGCAACAAGCUCAAACUGGCUGACUCAGGAGCUGGUGGUGUGGCGGAGCUGGCAGGAAAGUUUCACAUCGCCAAGCCUCAGUAUGGACUGUGCAGAAUGGGGAAUGCAGAAACAGGAGGCACCCGGAUUGCUAUGAUUAAGUGGCUCGGCCAAAAUGUUGAUGACUACAGAAGGACAGAAUGUGCCAACCACAUUCCAGCUAUCAAGAACUUCUUUAAGGAAGCACAUGUGUUCAUUGGUGCAGAAAAAGAAGAGGAUGUGACAGAGGAGAGAAUAAGAGCUGAACUUAGCAAGGCCCAAAACAAUGCUUCUACACAGUGGGUAAGGAGGAGCUCCAGAUCUGCGGACAAGGAGGAGUUAGUGGGCACAAAUUACAGAAAAACUAAUGCUGCAAUGGAGAUGAGACUAAUAAACAGAGACUCCUUUUGGGCACGUGCAGAGCGUGAAGAAGAAGAGAGGAAAGAAGAAGAGAGGAGAAGAGCAGCAGAGGAGAGACGACGGUUAGAAAGAGAAAGAGUUUUAAAGGAAAGAAAGGAUGCAGAGGAGAGAGAUCGAAAGAUGAAUGAGAAACUACAGAUGAUAGAAGAGCAAAGAAGAAAACAGGCCGAGCAAGAAGAAGUACUGCGCAGACAGGAGAAAUUAAAAUGGGAACAACAACAGAGGGAGCAUGAGGACGAUAUGAGAGCUCGUCUUAGAAGGAGUGAAUCCAUAGAGAAAGCAGCAGAGGCAGCAGCAUUAGUGUCCCAACGCUCCAUGAACCCUAGGGAGUUCUUCAGGCAGCUGUCAUCAUCAUCAUCACAGAGUCCCACCAGCCCUGGAUCGUCUCGUACCGGCAAACCAUUCAGACGAUACCAGCGCAGUCUGACAGACACCGCCUUCAUCUUCUCUAAGGCUGAAGAGAGCACAUCGUCCUCCCCUCGCAGUUCUCCCCUUGUGUCACCCUUUUCCCGUGCCCCUCCCUCUCCUUUCUACCGUACUACAUCUCCCCCCACGAGCCCAGAUUUCCGUCCUGUCACAUCGCCACAAAGGCCCAGAGCCCCCAUGUCCCCGCCUACAUCGCCACUCCGCCCUGCCCCUCCAGCUUUAGACCUGCCCAGCGUUCCACAAACCAGCGGCCAAGUCAAGGCCGUGUUCGAGCCCAAAGCACCGUCGCCAACAGAGCCGUCUGCACCUCCAGCCUCCCCGACUCUCUUGGCUUCCUUUUUGCCCAGUUCAGAAAAAAACACUUCCUCUCAGUCACAUCCAGAAGCCCUGCCAGCCUCACCCCCAAAUUCCCCAGCCCAGCCAGAGCACUCAACUUUCUGCUUUGAGUCUGGUUUAGCUCUGCAGGCUCCAACGGCUCCUCUUCCUGAGAGACCGCAGCCAAACACAGCUGCUGAGCAGGUUGCAGAUAUUGGCUACAAAGUGCAGGCUGUGCUGGUGGAAGAGGAUGAAGAGGAGGAGACGGAGGUACAAGAAGAAGACAAGGAGGAAACACAGCCAUGUGCGGUGAAUACGGUAAAAGAAGCAGAGGAGCUGGAAAGUGAGGAGAAGGAAAAGGAGGAGGAGAAGGGAAAGGAGCAGGAGAAGGAGGAGGAGGAGAGGGAGGAGGAAGAGCAGGAGGUUGAACAGGAGCAGGAGAAGAAGGUAGAGGAGGAGGUGGAGGAGGAGGAGGAGGAGGAGGAGAAGGAGGAGCAGCCUGAGGAAGAAAAGGAAGAGGAGGGAUUGAAACAGGAAUCUGAACCUGCAACACUGGAGGAACCAGUGGAGUUUGUUCAGGAAAAAGAAGAGGAGGAGGAGGAGGAGGAGGAGGAUGAAGCUGAGGAGGUGAAUGACCAAUCAAAAGACAGUCAGGCCCCUGCUGAGCCUGUCGAGCUUCCACUAGAAGAUGAAGACAUAUCAAUCACAGAUGCCAAAACAAAUUGUCAGGAAAUCAAACUUGGAACUGUAGAUGUGUCAACCAAUGUGAUCACAAAUGGAGACAACACGCAGGAACAGAACGGCACAGAGCACCCUCCGAGUCCAUCUGACACUGAUCUCAACUCCCCAGAGCCAGUUGUAUGCAAUGAACUCCACAGUACAGAGGAGGAAGAUGGUGUCACUGAGAAUGAAGAUCAGCAGAUCUCAGAAAAUGGACAAGAGGUUUUAGCCGAGCAGCAGAUGUGUGUAAGAGCUCUGUAUGACUAUCAAGCAGAGGACGAAUCCGAGAUCUCCUUUGAACCUGGUGACAUCAUCAGGGAUGUGGAAACCGUGGACAAAGCCUGGUGGAGGGGAUGGAGCAAAGAUGGCCGUCAAGGCUUGUUCCCUGCCAAUUAUGUGGAGACAAUAUAGACACACACAGAAACACCCAUUCACACACUCAGGGAAACCAGCUCCCCUUUACGUUUAUGUUUUCACCUUCAUCCUCCCACUGAAACUUUGUAUUUUCUGUUGUAAGAAGCUUUAAGAAAAAAAGCAACUUCCUUUUUUGACAUUCUCUGAGAAAAACAAAAUAUUCUCACAAGUUUGCAGAAAUUAUCCAGCCUCAUUUGUUUUGUACAAAACAGUUGAGACCUUUUCUUGGACCAAAAUAACUUAUUUUCCUAUUGAGAUACAGUAGAAAUGAUGGUGGGAGUGAACAAAAAACAAUGACAAAUGAUCACAAACUUGCUUUUCUCACAAGCAACACAAACAGAUUUUUGUAGUGUAUAGGCCUUUUUUGAUCCACUCAUAUAACAAGCAUUACAUUCAGCUCACAGUUUGCUUUAUGUGUUACAUUAAAAAAAGGAAAAAAAAAAAAAAAUCCUGCUCUUGACUGGUAUAUAUGUAUAAUCAAGAUACAUAUCAGACAUCAUCUUAU